AAAACACAUCUGACCCCAUAUCUCUCCACAUGUGACGACGGACGAUGGUAAGACUCCGCGUGCGCACGAGAACAUAAACAGAGAUCGUUUCGUUACCGUGCCCCACCGGGGCCGAGAGUAAAUAGCGAGUUAAACGGGUUCAAGCAUGUGUGCCAAAGUUAGCGGCGCAGGCGGCAAACCAACUAACUAACCAACUAUUACUGUGCAGCCGCCGCAGAUAAGGUGGAAAUGUUUUUCUUCUUUCACUUUCAUUACGUAUAGUGACGCGAACCGUGUAACCUGCCUGUAGUCACGAUGAUGGCCGCGAGUGAAGUAAUAAGGAUCAGUUGGGCUUAUGCCACCCCUCGAUAAGUGUGUCAAGAACGAAAACAGUGUUUUAGUGCUUAGAAGAGGUCCUGCAGAUCGAGAAAAAUCUGACAGAAGAUCACAUUUUAUUGAAGUUCUAAUUUCGUGGUUCAUAUGAUAACUCCAGCUCUAGUAGGGAAAAUGGGACUGAGGUUACUUCUCCUGAUGAUAGUCGGCCUGGGGUCGCUGUAUGUGAUGCAUCUUCUGGCGCAAGAUUUUAUGAAACUAUCGAAACCUCUCUUCAUGGCAUCGGGCAAACGAGACAUAUCCAGCUUUAAUCGGACGGCAGAAUUAAAUAACUUUGAAAAACAUAUUGAUUGGAAUGGUAUGCUCAAACGAGAUCCACUGAAAUGCUCGUUAUCACUUAUCUGCCAACUGGCCGCCGGUGCUGAGCUGCAAAACGAAGCUGCAAAUGCAAUCUAUGAAUUUAUUCAAUACAGCGUGGAAAACAAUGAAAACGUACCGAAGAAGAUUGUCCAUUCCUUCGAACGGGGUCUCAGCUUUAAUCGGUUCAACGGGACGGACUUCGAGCACUGUUAUCCUCACUAUCCGCUGUGCAUCUAUUCGGCCAAAACGAUGAUGAAGCUGUUGGACCUGCAUGCGAAAAUCUUCGGAACGGGAACGUAG